GUUUACAAAAUCGCCAAACACGUGUGCCGUUGUUAGUGCCGAAAAUACAUUUUUAUUAUUGAAUUAAAUUAAUCUAAAAUAUAUUCUAAUAUGAAAAAGUCUAAAACUGAAAAAAAGAAUAAACUAAAAAAUUCACAUAUUAAAAAAAAUCUUACACGUAAAGAACUGCGUAAACAAAAGCAGCUGCAAAAGAAGGAAAACAAACGUGUAUUUUUCUCCAAUAAAAAACAGGAUGAAGUUGUUAAUUCUAGUCAACACAAUACCAAUAAAAAGUUUGAUAAAGUUAAUGUUAAGAAAAAUAAAAAUGCUAACAAUUUAGCAAAACCCAUUUCAGUUGAGCAGAUGCUCUCGGGUGAUGUGUUAGGUGAUGAUGAUGAGUCAAUUGAAUCUGAUUUCGAAGAUGAAGAGGUAAAUGCACGAUUGCCUGUAACUAUGGCUGCAAAAAGAAAAGAAGAUACUCAACAUGUUAAUGCAAAAAAGGCAAAAACACAUGUUGUGACGAGACCAGAUGCCAGUGAAGUACACAAACGGGAAAAACAACGUCAGAAGGAUUUGGAAAAUGCCUCCAAAAAACAACGUGUCAAACAGUUCUUACUAGAAAAUGAAGAAGAGGAUAAAGUUAUAUCUCGUCUGGAAAAGAAAUUGAAAUUAAAUAAAACAAAAGAUAAAAAUCGUUUAGUUAGAAAAAUGUUUAAUGAUGGCUUGGACUAUGCGUUAGAAUUUUGUCUCGAUGAUGAUGAAGAAGAACAGAAGUUAUUAUUAAAGGAGAAACGUAAGCAACAGCAACAACAACAAGCAAAUGAUUUCAGCGACGAGGAUUUGUAUGAAAAUGAAGAAGAAACUAAAAACGGUGAUGACAUUAGUAGUGGAGAUGACAGUGGUGAUGACACCGAUGGAAGUGGCAGUGAUUCUGAAGGCUUGGAAAAUUGUUCUGAAGAUAUCGAUACAAAUAUUGAUGAGAGUGAAAACGAAAAAUUACAUGAAGAUAUUUAUGGACGCAAAAUAGACAAAGACGGAAAUGUGGUGAAUGAUGAUACUACAUUAAAUGAAACAGAUACAAUGCAGAAAUAUGUACCACCACAUCAACGUGCACUUUUAGCCACAAAAGAUAACAAUCAAACCGAAAUUUUAGAACGGCUACGCAAGAACUGCAAGGGGCAGUUAAAUCGUCUUUCUGAAGCUAAUUUACAUAAAAUUGCUGUCGCUAUAGAGGAUAUGUAUAUGAAAAAUUCUCGUUUUAAUAUGAACAAAACUCUUACGCUGCUACUGAAGGAAAUACUUAUUUCAAAAACAAUAGCAAAGGAACGUAUGGUGCAAGAGCAUAUGGUGCUGUUAGCAUAUUUGCAUGCCCACAUUGGAAACGAAAUUGGUGCUCAUUUUCUACAAAUAUUCAUUGAGGAGUUUGACAAGCUUGUACGAGAGGCAGAAGCAAUAAGUCUUGAGGACAAAAGCUUGAAUAAUUUAGUUUUAGUCCUAUCAUAUAUGUACAUAUUCAAAAUUUAUGAGCAUCGGUUGUUACUUGAGAUAGUUGAACGCCUAACUCACAAUUUGUGUGAGAAAACUAUUGAAUGCUUAUUACUAAUCUUUCAAUCUGUUGGUUUUAAGUUACGCAAAGAUGAUCCUUUGGCUUUUAAGCAAAUGCUGCUAAAUGUACACAAAAAAAUUGCAGAAGCACCACUCGAAAUGAAGGAAAAUUUGCGUCUUAAAUUUAUGGUAGACAUAUUGACUGCAGUUAAAAAUAAUAACAGCACCAAAAUACCACAGUUUGAUCCUGAGUUAGCAGAAAAUUUACGAAAGCGAUUGAAGGCCAUGUUACGAAAUGAUAAAUAUGUCAUUACAUUAAAUAUUACUAUAGAGGAUUUACUACGUGCGGAUCAGGUUGGUAAAUGGUGGAUAGUAGGGUCCGCGUGGAGUGGUAAUAUUAAUGAUUUGGGUGCUGCGACAAAAAAUAAUAACGACACAAAGAAUGAUGCAAUGUUCUCAGAGAAAUUACUUGCAUUAGCGAAAAAGCAAAAAAUGAAUACAGAUGAACGUCGUAACUUAUUUUGCAUAAUUAUGAGUGCUGAAGAUUAUGUAGACGCAUUCGAAAAGAUUCUGCAUUUAUCAUUGAAAGACCAACGUUCUAUAGCCUACGUCAUCAUACAUUGCUGUCUUAAUGAGAAAUUAUCGAAUCCUUACUACUCCCAUUUAGCCUUAAAGUUUUGUAACUACAAUCGAAAAUAUCAAUUGGCGUUUCAGUUUGCGAGCUGGGAUCGUAUAAACGAUAUCGACUCUUUAACCAAACAACAGAUCAAAAAUUUAGCAAAAUUCUUGCAACAUUUAAUAAUCAACGGUGGUUUGGUACUGUCAGUGUUAAAAGUGGUCGACUUUCUUCAGUUAGAUAAACAGAGCUUUUUAUUUAUGAAAGAAGUUAUUGUGGAUUUGCUAUUGACCACAGAUGAGAAUCAAGUUUACCAAUGUUUCGAACGUGUAGCAAAAAAUAUAAAAUUACGUCAAUUUAAAAACAGUUUGCGUUUAUUCAUGCAACACUUUUUGCUAAACGAGGGUGGAGACAGAUUAAAAUUAAGCGACGUUGAGCUAGAAUUACUUACAAAGCGUGUCGAACAUGUUGACAAUAUAUUAGCACUUGUGGACUUAUAAAUGUUCAAUUAUCAAAAUACAUGUAAAUA